AUGGUGGCCGCCGGGGUUGCGGCUCUGGUUGCGCUGUCGGUUCCCCGUGACGACGGCAACCAGCCGGGCAGCGGCAGCGGCGGCAGCGGUGGCAAGCCAGGCAGCAGCCGGGCGAGCAGCACGAGUUCCAGCUCGGAUGGCGGCGACGUGCUCCCAAGCACCUGGGACGCCGAGGCCGUGGGCAGGUACUACCGCCAGCGCCCCGCCCUGGUGGCGCGGCGCGUGGUGCAGGUGGCCUCCGAGGCGUGCAGCUACGGCGCCGCCCUGCUGGCAGACAUGGCGGCAGGCGCCGUGGAGCGCAACCAGGCGGAGCGUGCAGACCAGGCCAUGGCGGCUAUCGAGCGCCUGGGGCCCGCAUACGUCAAGGUGGCCCAGGCCCUGAGCACCCGCGUGGACCUGCUGCCGCCGGCAUACCUCUUCGCCAUCCAGCGCCUGCAGGACCGCGUGCCGCCGUUUGCCGACGCCCAGGCGUACGCCUGCAUCGAGCGCGCCUUUGGCGCCCCGCUGGGCCAGGUGUUCAGUCAGCUGUCUGACACCGCGGUGGCGGCCGCCUCGCUGGGCCAGGUGUACCGAGGCACGCUGCGGGCCACCGGCCAGGAUGUGGCCAUCAAGGUUCGCCGCCCGGAUGUGCUGGAGUCGGUGACCCUGGACCUCUACCUCAUGCGCGGCGUGGCUGCGCAGCUCAACAGCAUGCCAGAGGUCAAGUCCGACUGGGUGGGCAUCAUCGACAACUGGGCGGGCCGGUUCCUCCAGGAGAUGGACUACCUGCUGGAGGCGGCCAACACGCGGCAGUUUGCGGCCGACCUGGCCGCCCUGCCCGGGGUGGUGAUCCCGGGGGUGGUGGCAGAGGGCACCACCAGCGACGUGCUCAUCACAACCUGGGUGGAGGGCGAGCGGCUGAGCGACAGCAGCGCGGGCGACGUGCGGCAGCUGUGCGACACGCUGCUGUCCGCCUACCUCAUUCAGCUGCUGGACACGGGGCUGCUGCACGCCGACCCGCACCCCGGCAACCUGCUGCGCACCACCGACGGGCGCAUCGCGAUUUUGGACCACGGACUCAUCCAGGAGGUGCCGCGCGACUACAGCCUGGCCCUCAUGGAGUACAUUGCGCACCUGAGCGUGGGCGACUGGAAUGCGCUGGCCGAUGACCUCGUCAACCUUGGCUUUGUGGACGACAUCAGCGACAGGGAGCGCCUGGUCGGCCCGCUCGGCCGCAUCCUCACGCAGCUGACGCAAGGUGGGGGCGCCAAGAACAUCAACAUCGCGGUCGUGACCCAGGAGAUCGAGAAGCUGUCGCAGGAGUUCGAGUUCAAAGUGCCGCCCUACUUUGCCCUCAUCCUCCGCACCUUUAGCGUCAUUGAGGGCAUUGCGCUCCAGGUGGAUCCCAACUACUCCAUCGUCAAGGAGUGCUUCCCCUACAUGUCGCGCCGCCUGCUGACCGACGACGACCCGCGGGCGCGCGAGGCGCUGCGCCAGCUGCUGUUUGCCGGCGGCGACCAGCUCAGCCUGGAGCGCGUGGAGCGCAUGGUGGAGGGCCUGUCCAGCUUC